AUGGAUACGCCAGAUGCGGAGAUUGUUCCAAAUGGCGCUGAUAACUCAACGAAAACAACCGUUGGCCAAGAAGUUCCGAAGCAACAAGAGGAGACGCGGGAGAGUUCAUUGGCCGAAGCUGACGUGCCAAAGAAAAGGCUAUGUGGCGUAUGCAACGAAAAGGAAUGGAAGUAUAAGUGCACUCGAUGUUAUUUCCCAUCCUGUUCUUCAGCAUGCUCAACGAUUCACAAAGCGACACACCCUGCCCUUGAGCCCAAGCCUGCGGAAACCAAACCAGAACCAAAACGUCAAACCAAUGGAGCUACACCGAGGCCUGGCACCAUUGCUGCAGCAGGAUUCAAAGGUCCUUUCGCGGUUUUGGACGAUUCGAAAGACCUUCAGCUUCUAUUCAAGAUAUACCCAAAACUUCCUGCGCUUCUCGACCAAAUCAACACAGCUACUCUCCGACCAUUAGAGGAACUUGACGAUCUCCCACAGAAUGUGCAUUCGAAGGGGAAGAAAGAACAGUCGUGGACUUACGAUCGUGGGCUUGAGAAGGGAAGAGAAGCGUUAAAUCGCCUUCGGGACACAGACGAGGGCGUCAGGGAAUAUUCAACAUUAGUGCUGCAGAUUCUGUCCGGAGAUGUAGGCAUCUCUGCUACACAACUAGUGGAGAAAGAGCUGAAGGAAGAAAAUGCAAAGAUCAUAGAAGCUCUCUUGCAGGGCGAACUGUGA